AUGGCCGAAAAGCGAUUUGUUUCACAGUCGUGCUCUGCUGAAAAGUUCAUUUUAGACCAAGAAAAUAAGAGUACUUGGCAAAAAACUCGAAGAGAUGUUCAUUUACUUGAAAGCUUCCUCGGAACGAAGCGAAAAAUUGAACAAAUCCCAGCAACGGUACUAAACAAGUACCUUUCUGAGUUUAUUAUGUCAGUUCGCAAGAAAGACGGCAAGGAGUACGAGCCAACGUCACUUCAAAGUUUAGUAGCGAGCUUUGAACGGCACUUAAAAAGUAAAAGCUAUCCUUCAAGCAUCAUAAACGAUUUGGUAUUCGGACAAACGAUGAAAGUCCUCAGGUCUAAGCAAAAAAUGCUAAAGAAACAGGGAAAAGGAAACAAGCCGAACGCAUCGGUAGCGUUCACAAAUGAGGAAAUACAAAUAAUAUACGAGAGGAAACUACUCGGUAUUGAAAGCCCUGAGGCAUUGUUAAACACACUCUGGUUAAACAACUGUCUUCAUUUUGGUCUCAGAGGUUGCAAGAACAUCGUGACAUGUGCUGGGGAGAUGUGA